AUGUAUCUUGCACAACAGCUCCAAUAUGAAGCAAAGUCCUUCACUAUUGGGCAAGAUAUCGUACUGAACGAAGAAAUGCGACAAGUUAUAACUACCGUCAGACAACUGCCCAGUGCAACAGCAGCACUAUUAUCAUCCGUUGAGACUCGCUGGCCAAGCCAACCAAUUAACAUUGACCCCCGGCCAGUAAAGUUAAACUUCCCAACAAAUCAACAAGUUUUUGGUAAACCUACUCAAAAGUUUUGGGCUCCAAAAAAUUCGCAUAAACCACGUUAUACACCCACGCCCAUGUCAACACAAACUCGACUUACACAACGACCCAAUGUACCACAAAACACACAUCAAACUCAAGGUAAUAGACCUUUUAAUACUUCAAAUUAUUUUAAUCAACCACGUAACUUUCACUCCGAAGAACUAUUUAACAACGAAUACAGUAAUUUCUUGACCAACGAACCACAAGAAGAUCAAUAUGACAAUGAUUACGACUACUCAGACGAUAUACAAGAUGACUAUUACGACGAUCAUUGCGAAAACCAACACACAGAUAACUACAAUAACUAUUCAGGAGACGGAAAUAACUCUUGCGAAAACAAUUCAAAUUUUCAUCAGGUUACGAAAAACGACCAACAAACUUAA